UAUCAGAUAUCAAAAUGAAUAAUCCUAAUGAAGCUCUCACCAUUUUAGAUGCUCAUUCGAAUGAUAAGUUUGCCUUACGGCUUCAAGGAGAAGUAAUGAUCGAUAUUACGACUGAAUUAUUGAAAAUGAAUCUAAAUAACGAAAAAGAGAUAUUGCAUAUUCAAGCUCAAGCAUAUACUAAAAUUAGUAAAAAUUCGAUCUGA